UCCUCCUAUUAGUCGCCCCACCCCCGAGUCUGGAGCAGCAAAGCGGCGGAGCUUCACUGGCUCUCCUCGGUGCGGGAUAUACAGCAGCGGAGAGCGGCAUGGACACGGAAGGGAGCCCGAGCAGCCUGUCGUCCGGCACGGACAACUCCCCCCACGACCCAUGCAAAAUGUUCAUCGGGGGUCUGAGUUGGCAGACGACGCAAGAGGGCUUGAAGGACUACUUCUGCAAAUUUGGCGAGGUGAAGGAGUGCCUGGUGAUGCGAGAUCCCAUCACCAAGAGGUCGAGGGGGUUCGGGUUUGUCACGUACGCGGACCAGGCCGGCGUGGAGAAAGUUUUAGCCCAAAACAGACACGAGCUGGACUCAAAAACGAUCGACCCCAAAGUGGCUUUCCCUCGCCGGGCUCAGCCUAAGUUGGUGACUCGGACUAAGAAGAUCUUUGUUGGAGGCCUCUCAGUCAACACGACCGUAGAAGAUGUGAAGCAAUACUUUGACCAGUUCGGAAAGGUCGAUGACGCCAUGCUUAUGUUUGACAAAACAACCAACAGACACAGAGGUUUUGGUUUCGUCACCUUUGAGAAUGAAGAUGUGGUGGAGAAAGUGUGUGAGAUCCACUUCCAUGAGAUCAACAACAAAAUGGUGGAGUGUAAGAAAGCGCAGCCCAAAGAGGUGAUGACCCCUACAAGUUCAGCCCGAGGUCGAUCCAGAGUGAUGCCCUAUGGCAUGGACGCGUUCAUGUUGGGUAUCGGUAUGCUUGGCUACCCAGGUUUCCAGACUACCACCUACACCAGCCGCAGUUACUCUGGAAUCGCGCCUGGUUACGCCUACCAGUUCCCAGAAUUCCAUUUAGAGAGGACCCCCCUCCUGGCAUCCUCCCACCCCGCUGAGCUGGCAGCCAUUCCCUUGACUGCGUAUGGACCAAUGGCAGCAGCGGCAGCAGCAGUCGUUCGAGGCUCCGCCCCUUCUCGCACCGGCUUCCUGAGCACCAGCAGCCCUGGACCAAUGGCGGACUUGUACGCGGCAGCCAAUCAGGACUCAGUCGGCAGCUACAUCAGCGCGGCUAGCCCCGCCCCCAACACAGGGUUCGGCCACGGUCUCGGGGGUCCUCUGAUCGCCACGGCGUUCACUAAUGGCUACCACUGAGCUGACUCGGGUGACCUGAGGGCUUCUCUUCUGCUGACCAGCCAAUCAAAUGCUGAGUGCUGUGACGGCACAACCUGAUUGGCCGGCCGCAGGCUCCGCCUGUGGCUCCGCUCACCGACUGAAUAUCUUUUUAAAAAACUCUUUUUGCUGUACUAAUCUCAUCAUAAUCUCCCCCCGUGUGUUGUCCUGAUCUACGUUAGACCCUCAGAUCUACGUUAGACCCCUCAGAUCUACGUUAGACCCCUCAGAUCUACGUUAGACCCUCAGAUCUACGUUAGACCCUCAGAUCUACGUUAGACCCUCAGAUCUACGUUAUUUUCUUUGGAAACGGAGAAAAGAGGUAAAAAAAAAAAGGGGUCUGAAAUGACCGUUGUCAUUUUUGACAAAAGCCGAAGAGGACUAUUUUUUCUAAAGUUAUUCUAUCUCACUCUUCUAAUGUUGCAACUUUCAUUCUGACAAAAAACAAAACAAAACGGGCAUGAUUUAUUUUAUUUUUUUGUGUUGCAAAUCCUUUUUAACUCCAAUGAACAAAUCCAACUAAAUCAUUUUUCUAAGCAUCAUGGAAACAGGAAAAAAAAACAAAAAAAUGUAUAUUUUGAUAGUCUUUAAAAGGAAACCUUUGUAAUAUUGUUAUUAAUAUUGACAUCAUUAUGAUCAUCUGUGAGGUCUUUUAUUCUGUAAUUGGUUUUUGAAAAGCAAUGUUUUGAUGUCUUCCUGUAACAUAUUGUACAUAAACAUGAGGAGGCGGGACUACUGGACCAGCCGGCAUGUCAUUGGCUGCUUCUGGGAGGGUCACCUUCUAUUUCACUGGAAGUCAUACACACCUGCUCAUACACACCUGGUCAUACACACCU